GAUUGGCCCCAACAUGGCAAAUUCUCAUGGCAAUCAGAUUUUUCCUCGGCUUAUCCGUUGGAGGAACGCUGGUUGUUGUUUGCACCUUUGUCAUGGAGAUGCUUUUGCCCCAUCAAAGAAUGGCUCUAAGAGCUUUCUUCAAUUGGGGAGUGGCCCGAUUGAUGGUGACUCUAUUGUGCAUGAUUUUUCCUGAAUGGAGAGCAGCAAGCAUCGCAUGCGCACUUACCGCACUUCCAGCACUUCUAAUAAUUGUAUUCGUUUUCCCAGAAAGCCCAACAUGGCUUCAUAAUAAGGGUCGACUGGAGGAGAUGCGAGCUGCUGAAAGAUACAUCGCAAGAUUCGCUCGAGUUGAAUAUAAGCCUGUGAUACACAAAAAGAUCGAACAUAACAAGUCACUUUGCGAGUUGCUGCACACUGGUAACCUGCAUCGUCGUUUGUAUACGCUAUGGACAAUGUGGUUUAUUGCUUCCGUUUGUGGCUAUGCAACUGAUCUGAACUCAAAUACCAUAAGUGGCGAUUUCUUUGUGAAUCAAAUCAUAUUUUCAAUACUGAUUGCAGUUUCAAAAAUGGUUCUGGUAGCUGUCGACACAUUUGUUCCAUCAUUUAGCAGGCGCAUCCUUCAUCAAGGAGCUCAAAGCGUGGUUUGCUUGUGUUUCCUCACUCUAUUCUUCCUCACCUUAAAGGAGUAU